AGCAAUCCCUCGGCGGUUUGUGUUUAUGCCUGGCGUGAUGGAGAGUGUGUUCUAUUGGCUAACAAGUCCUUCUUCCGGGCGGACACAGUAAGCCUGCACUGGAGUGACACUGGCCGCCACCUGCUCGUCUUGGCUGCAACAAAAACCAGUGAUACGAGCUACUACGGUGAACAGACGCUACACUUCAUCACGACCAGCCAGGCCGGAGACAGUGCAUGCGUACCGAUGCCACGCAAGGGUCCAAUUCAUCAAGUUGCGUGGAAGCCGUCAGGACCCCGAGAGCGAACCUCGGAUGAGCGCUUUGUUAUUUGUCAAGGCACCAUACCUUCAGCCGUAACGGUCUUCAACAUCAAGUGUGAACAAAAAUAUGUAUUUAUCCUUAACUGUGUUGCGCACUUACUGCUCCUCGCUGGCGGAUUUGGUAGCCUUAACGGGUUUGUCACCGUAUGGGACUUCAACAAACACAUGAAACUGAGUGAAUUUUACGCUACAAAUUCCACUCACGUGACCUGGCUUCCCGACGGUGAGCACUUAGUCACGGCCAUCACAACGCCCCGCUUACGGGUGAAUAACGGCUUCACAGUUCGACACUACACGGGUGAAAUUGUCGCUCACGAGGCUGUUGAAAAGCGAGCUCAGCCACGGCCAGCGACCAUGGAUCUUCCGGCGGCCACUGAACACGAGCUGUAUCAAGUUUUGCCGCAGCCAGUACCCUUUGAGAAACUACCGCCCGCUCCAGUGCCUCACAAAGCCAACCCCAACGUCGCCAAGGUAUCUCACUGUGCAAGUUUGUGUAUGGUAGUCAGCGGGCCCUGGGGCACUGGCCGCGCCCAUCGUCGCUCAUUAAUCAGGCUUGCGGAUGCCUGCUUACUUGACGAAUGA